UUAUGAUGUGUACACGCGGAUUCACCUCUGGUCUGGUUGUGUGCCGCGCGUUUGUUCGGUAUAAUAAUAAUUAUUACAAUAAUAUUUUAUUUAUUAAACGCCAAUAACGCGGUACACGUCGAUCACUGUGACACGAAAAUCGGGUGCACGUUGGUCCGUCACGUUCGCGACACUACGUAAUAAUAAUAUUAAUAUUAUAUCGUUAUAAUCGUUUUUUAAUCAUAAUUAUUAGUCUUGUAAUUUUUACCCGUGAUCGUACAUUAUAAUAUUAUUGUUGUUAACGUCGCGCUGUACCUACCCGUCAUCUGUCUGCGCCGUCACCACUCGCCGAGAAGUGAACUUUGAAUAAACCGUUUAAGCGUAUUCACACCAGGUCUUACGGAUCGCCGUUACACGUCGGAUUUGUCGCCGCCACCGUGUGCGGAUCGCACCGAUUGUCCAGAUAAUAAUAUUAUAAAAUUAACGGUUCAACAACAAUCAUGUGACACGGGAACCGAAUCUGUCUCGCAGUCUACUCUCUUGAACCCUGUGAUCGACGGUCAUAUUUUAUAGCGUUGACAACAACGACGACAAAAGCUCUAUCAGUUUUGCGACAGCAGUGCAGCAGCAUCAUCGGCGCAUCUACGCGGUGGACCGUCCACAUUUAAUAUGCUACGCAUAUCAAAUUUCAGUAAACGACAGUGGUUGACGUUAAUCGUUUUCAGUAUUGCUGACUUUUGUAACGCCAUCUGCGUGUCGUUGCAGGCACCGUUUUACCCCCAAGAGGCUGAAAAAAAAGGAGCCACUGCAACCGAAUAUGGUUUGGUAUUCGGUAUUUUUGAACUGGUCGUGUUUUUAAUCAGUCCCGUUUAUGGAAAACACUUGAAUAGGAUUGGACCCAAGUACUUAUUCAAUGGAGGAAUAUUCACAACAGGAAUAUGUGCAAUCUUAUUUGGAUUUUUGGACAGGGUGGAAGGCCAUUAUCCAUUCAUCAUUUUAUCAUUCGUCAUACGUAUCGUCGAAGCGAUGGGAAAUGCGGCAUUUUUGACAGCCAGUUUUGCCAUCAUUGCGAUGGAGUUUCCGGACAACGUGGCUACCACAUUUGCUUCACUUGAGACAUUUUUUGGUCUUGGGCUGAUUGUUGGACCAACUGUCGGUGGAGCUUUGUAUGAAGUCGGAGGCUUUGUAACCCCAUUCUUAGUUUUAGGUUCCACACUUUUCCUUUCGGCUGUAAUGACUGCGUUUGUGUUACCCGAUCACCCCAAUCGUAGAAAUGACGUAACUAGUGAUGCUAGUCUAUUGAAAGUAUUGAAAAUUCCUGGUAUAAUGUUAGCGGCGGCUAGCAUUAUCGUGACUUCCAUGAGCAUUGGGUUCUUGUCCGCUACCUUGGAACCACAUCUUAGACAAUUCAAAUUAUCUCCAAUGGUCUUGGGGUUGAUGUUUGUCAUAAACGGCGGUACUUAUGCAUUAACUGCGCCAUGGUGGGGUUGGUUGUGCGACAAAGUGCUGCCGGCAAAAGUAGUCACGUUGCUUGGGUGCAUCAUUCUCAUGAUCGGAUUCAGUCUUAUCGGCCCGGUGCCAUUUCUCAACAGACCGACAGAAUUUUCCGUCACCAUACUAGGAUUGGUGAUGCACGGCAUGGGCAUCGGCGCACAACUUGUUGCAUCGUUCACCGACGCUCUGCGGACAGCCAUUCAGCACGGAUUUGCCAAUAAUCUGGAAACUUAUGGUCUGAUAUCGGGACUUUGGACAUCCACUUUUGCACUUGGAGCUUUUAUCGGUCCUUCAAUUGCCGGUAUACUGUACGAUAUCGUAGGAUUUGGCGCAGCUACUUUAUUUGUUAUCGUAUUAUCCGCUGUAGUGGGAGUGGCCGUAACGUUGUUUUUGAUCUUCUCCCGACCACCAAGACUGGUCAAGGACGUGCACAGUUUGGAUAAUUUGAUGGAUCCUCUGGUCAAGUCCGUGACGGAAAACGGCGGUGGUGGCGCAUACAAUGGUCUCAUCUCGUCGGCGCUCACGUGCCCCGCCCCCCCAGAAAGGCCGCCAGGCAUGGAUGGCAUAAUCGCGUGCAGCAGCUACAAAAAUCGAUUGGGCACGUGGAACCGGAAGGAGAGCGAAUUGGUCAUCGGCAGUCAUAUGGGAAACAGUUAUGCGGACGAGACCAGAGGUCUGCUGGGCUGACCUGCACGUAUUUAAUAAUAUUAUUGCGUUGUUAUAAUAUUGUGAUAUAUUAUUAUUAUCACUACUACCACACGCCAUUUGCAGCUGCCGAUGAACUUGUAUAAUAUUUUGUUUCUUUUUUUAAACGCAUUUUUCGAAUUUUGAAAUAUUUAAUAACGAUAGUCGUGUUAGCAGUUAUAAGUCCAUUUUCACUUCCCGUCGCCAUCUUUUACUCCUUUUAUAGAACUUUACCAGCAUAUAAUAUGCAAAACAGAUCAAUACCAUUUUCCGGUACGAUGACCACCAAAACCACUAUAUCACCACAACCAUUAUUAUUUAGGUAUAGUCACCGUCAUCGAUAUUGUUAUUGUUGUGCCAUUGUUAUUUAUAAUAUUAUAUAAUUACUAUUGUUUUGUUUUUUUUAUAUUUUUUUAAGUCCAGUCAUCGAUUCAUAUACUUUUAUUGGUUUUAUAAUAAUAAUACAAAUAAUGAUAAGUAAUAAUUUUAGAUAUUAUAUUAUAUUAUACACCUACAUAUUAUAUUUUUUAAUAGAAAUUUAUUUUUAUAAUAACGUAUCUUUGUGCUUGUUUAGUCCAGGGCUCGAGUUUUUAGCCUUGACGAAUUUAUUUGUAUGUAUAAAUAUUUUAUAUAUAUUAUUUAAAUAUAUAUUCAUGUCGAAUUGCUUGUCAAGCAAAUAUGUUUGUAUAAUACUAUUGCUGAAUCUCAAAUUAUACAUUUUUUUAAAUAAAAACUUAUUUGUAUUUGUUCUUUAUAUUUUUAAUAUA